GACGUGACGUGGAACCAACAUGGUGGCGCUGAGCUGAGACAGAAGCCCUACCGGACGACAGCUUGGCUUUCGUUAGCUUUCCUCGUCACCUGCUUUUCGGCAGGGCCAGGCCGGUGAUGACGGCCUGAGAGGGGAUCGGUUACACGGUCGAGAGAUGCAGGAACAGCAACACAAGCCGCCGCCGCCGCAGCAGCAGCACGCGCAGUCAGAAAACAGCAGAACCAAGAGCAUGUUUCUGUCCAGGGCGCUGGAGAAAAUCCUCUCUGACAAGGAGGUGAAGAGGAGCCAGCACUCCCAGCUUCGUAAAGCCUGCCAGGUGGCGCUCGAUGAAAUCAAAGAAGAACUGGAAAAACAAAAGGAUGGUACAGUGGUCCCACCCAAAGCAAACUACAUCGAGGCAGACAAAUACGUCCUGCCGUUUGAGCUCGCCUGUCAGUCAAAGUCACCCAGGAUAGUUAGCACCUCUUUGGACUGUCUGCAGAAGCUGAUCGCGUACGGUCACAUCACAGGCAACGCCCCGGACGGCAAAACCCCGGGUAAGAGGCUGAUCGACCGGCUGGUGGAAACCAUCUGCAACUGCUUCCAGGGUCCUCAAACCGACGAGGGGGUCCAGCUACAGAUCAUCAAGGCCCUGCUGACGACGGUGACGUCCCCGCACAUCGAGAUCCACGAGGGCACCGUGCUCCUCACCGUCAGGACCUGCUACAACAUCUACCUGGCCAGCCGCAACCUCAUCAACCAGACCACGGCCAAGGCCACGCUCACGCAGAUGCUCAAUGUCAUCUUCGCACGGAUGGAGAACCAGGCUGCCCUGGAGGCUCAAGAGCAGGAGAAGGAGCUUUUGCGUUUGCCCCAGCAGAACCCGUCCCCUGUCCCAGGCGGCCGGAGGUCCGGGUCCCCCAGGUCUGACCGGACCCCUACCCCCGAGCCCCAGAGCUCCCCGUCCCCCGGAGACAGUAACUCUGACGCAGCCCCCACCCGCUCGACGCCCCCGCCACCAGCUUCUGAUCAAGACAUGCCUUCAGUCAACGGAGAGCUCAACGGUGGCGGGUCGGAACAGCUCACACCAUCGAGAGAUUCCAUUUUUGAAGAMGAAGGUGUUGAGAUGCCUCCUGCAGCAGAUCAAGAGGAGGACARACCAGGGACCAACUCAAACCCAACAGAACCUGAGGUUCAGGAAGCAGAGCAUCAUCCUACAGAAACAAACGAUGAAACAGGUGGUGAACAUCCUGAUCCUCCUGCUCCUGAGCAGACCGAGGCGGUCCCCCCCAGAGUCCGAACAGAGUCUCAGCAGAUGAACGGCAUCAUCGAGGACCGCACGUCUAUUUCCUCCACAGACAUCCUGGAUUCGGACCCCCUGCAGGGACCCCACAGCGCAGCUCGCUUCUCUCACAUCCUGCAGAAAGAUGCCUUUCUGGUGUUCCGCUCCUUGUGCAAACUCUCCAUGAAGCCCCUCGCCGAUGGACCUCCAGACCCAAAGUCUCAUGAGCUGAGGUCAAAGGUCAUCUCCCUGCAGCUGCUGCUGUCCGUGCUGCAGGGCGCAGGGCCAGUGUUCCGCACCCACGAGAUGUUCGUGAACGCCAUCAAGCAGUAUCUGUGCGUGGCGCUGUCAAAAAACGGCGUCUCCUCCGUGCCUGAGGUCUUCGAGCUCUCGCUGGCCAUCUUCCUCACCCUCCUGUCCCACUUCAAAGUCCACCUGAAGAUGCAGAUUGAGGUGUUUUUCCGGGAGAUAUUUUUGACCAUUUUGGAGACGUCAACCAGCUCUUUUGAACACAAGUGGAUGGUCAUUCAGACAUUAACACGCAUCUGUGCAGAUGCUCAGUGCGUGGUUGAUAUCUACGUAAACUAUGACUGCGAUUUAAAUGCUGCAAAUAUUUUUGAGCGUCUCGUCAACGACUUGUCUAAGAUAGCUCAGGGCAGGAGCGGUCAGGAGCUCGGGAUGACUCUUUUGCAGGAGCUGAGCUUACGUAAGAAAGGGUUGGAGUGUCUGGUGUCCGUUCUCAAAUGCAUGGUGGAGUGGAGCAAAGACAUGUACGUGAAUCCGAACCUUCAGGCUAACCUGGGUCAGGAACAUCCGUCGGACUGUGAGGGUGGAGAGCUGAAGCUCCCGGAGCAGAUGUCAGGGCGUCGAGACAGCAUCAGCUCGCUGGACUCCUCCUACUCCAGCGUCCCUGCAUCCCAGGCCGAUCACCCGGAGCAGUAUGAGGUCAUCAAGCAGCAGAAGGAGAUCAUCGAGCAGGGCAUCGAUCUAUUCAACAAGAAGCCGAAGCGUGGUGUACAGUACCUGCAGGACCAGGGCAUGCUGGGAUCCACAGCCGAAGAUAUCGCUCAGUUCUUACACCAGGAGGACCGACUGGACACAACGCAGGUCGGAGAGUUCCUCGGAGAGAACAACAAGUUCAACAAAGAGGUGAUGUACUGCUACGUGGACCAGCUGGACUUCUGUGGCCGAGACUUUGUUUCUGCCCUGAGGACGUUCCUGGAAGGUUUCCGGCUGCCGGGGGAGGCGCAGAAGAUCGACAGGCUGAUGGAGAAGUUCGCUGCUCGGUACCUCGAGUGUAACCAGGGGCAGACCUUGUUUGCCAGCGCAGACACUGCGUACGUGUUGGCAUACUCCAUCAUCAUGCUCACCACAGACCUGCACAGUCCUCAGGUGAAGAACAAAAUGACGAAGGAGCAGUACAUCAAGAUGAACCGUGGCAUUAACGACAGCAAGGAUCUGCCUGAGGAAUAUCUCUCUUCAAUAUACGACGAAAUCGCCGGCAAGAAGAUCGCCAUGAAGGAAAGCAAAGAGUUUUCCAUCACCCCAAARUCCAACAAGCAGAGUGUGGCCAGUGAGAAGCAGCGCCGCCUGCUGUACAACGUGGAGAUGGAGCARAUGGCAAAGACAGCCAAAGCUCUAAUGGAGGCCGUCAGUCACGCCCAGGCGCCGUUCUUCAGCGCUACACACCUGGAACAUGUCAGGCCCAUGUUCAAGCUGGCGUGGACCCCUUUGCUGGCAGCCUUCAGUGUGGGUUUGCAGGAUUGUGACGACCCAGAGGUGGCCUCUCUGUGUYUGGAAGGCAUUCGAUGUGCCAUCAGGAUCGCCUGCAUCUUCAGCAUGCAGUUGGAGAGAGAUGCGUAUGUUCAGGCCUUGGCCAGAUUCACGCUGCUGACAGCCAGUUCCAGCAUCACGGAGAUGAAGCAGAAGAACAUCGACACCAUUAAGACCCUCAUCACCGUGGCCCACACUGAUGGGAACUACCUGGGAAACUCCUGGCACGAGAUCUUAAGAUGUAUUAGUCAGCUGGAACUUGCCCAGCUGAUUGGCACUGGGGUGAAGACGCGCUACAUCUCAGGGGUGGUCCGGGACAGGGAGGCCCACAUCAGGGGGUUACCUCCUGGUACUGAGGAGUUCAUGCCUCUGGGUCUGGGAAACCUGGUUGGAAGUCAGGACAAGAGACAGAUGGCUCACAUUCAGGAGUCUGUAGGAGAGACCAGCUCUCAGAGCGUGGUGGUGGCUGUGGACAGGAUCUUCACUGGCUCCACCAGACUAGAUGGAAAUGCUAUUGUGGACUUUGUCCGGUGGCUGUGCGCCGUGUCCAUGGACGAGCUGGCCUCGGCGCACCAGCCCAGGAUGUUCAGCCUGCAGAAGAUCGUGGAAAUCUCCUACUACAACAUGAACCGCAUCAGGCUGCAGUGGUCUCGGAUUUGGCAGGUCAUAGGAGACCACUUCAAYAAGGUGGGCUGUAACCCCAACGAGGAUGUUGCCAUCUUUGCUGUGGACUCGCUGAGGCAACUUUCCAUGAAGUUCUUGGAGAAAGGAGAACUGGCCAACUUCCGCUUCCAGAAGGACUUUCUCAGGCCUUUUGAGCACAUCAUGAAGAAGAACAGGUCCCCCACCAUCAGAGACAUGGUGAUCAGGUGCGUGGCUCAGAUGGUGAACUCCCAGGCGGCCAACAUCCGUUCUGGUUGGAAGAACAUCUUCUCGGUGUUCCACCAGGCUGCUUCUGACCACGACGAGACCAUCGUGGAGCUGGCCUUCCAGACAACAGGGCACAUCGUCAUGAACACCUUCCGGGAGCACUUUGCAGCUGCCAUCGAUUCGUUUCAGGAUGCUGUGAAGUGUUUGUCAGAGUUUGUGUGCAACGCAGCUUUUCCUGACACCAGCAUGGAGGCCAUCAGACUCAUCCGACACUGUGCUAAAUACGUCUCUGAGAGGCCACAGGCUCUGCGGGAAUACACCAGCGACGACAUGAAUGUUGCUCCAGGUGAUCGGGUCUGGGUCCGAGGCUGGUUCCCCAUCCUGUUUGAGUUGUCCUGCAUCAUCAACCGCUGCAAGCUGGAUGUUCGAACCAGAUAAUGAGCAGCUGGCCCGAUCAGGGACAAACUGCCUGGAGAACCUGGUGAUUCUGAACGGGGAGAAGUUCAGCCCAGAGGUCUGGGACAUCACCUGCUCCUGCAUGUUGCAGAUCUUCCAGAACACCAGCCCUCACGUUUUGUUGACUUGGCGACCGGCCGGACAGGAUGAGGAAGCUACUGACGGCAAGCACUUUGAUGGUGAUUUUGACAGUCAGUCCCAGAGCAGCUUCGACAGGGCUCUGUCUGAGAGAGGACACAGCCAGAUGUCCAGCGACGACACCUGGAAGGGCAAAUCCAACGCCAGAGUUUCGGACCAGAGGCUGUUUGCGGGGCUCCUGAUUAAAUGUGUGGUGCAGCUUGAACUCAUCCAGACUGUAGACAACAUUGUCUUCUUCCCAGCAACCAGCAAGAAGGAGGAUGCCGACAACAUGGCUGCUGCACAGCGGGACGCUCUGGAGGAGGUGGAGGCGGAUGGAGACGGGCCGGUUAAAGUUCAGGGCAUGUACCCGUACAUGACAUCAUCUCACCUCUUCAAGCUGCUCGACUGCCUGCUGGAGUCGCACAACUUCGCCAAGGACUUCAACUCCAACAACGAGCAGAGGACGGCCCUCUGGAGGGCAGGAUUUAAGGGUAAAUCUAAACCCAACUUGUUGAAGCAGGAAACCAGCAGCCUCGCCUGCAGCCUGAGGAUCUUGUUCAGGAUGUACUCUGACCCCAAGCUGCAGGACUCGUGGCCUGACAUCCAAACACGCCUGCUGCUAGUGUGUACUGAAGCUCUGAGCUACUUCAUCAGUCUGACCUCAGAGAGCCACAGAGAGGCCUGGAACAUCCUGCUGAUGCUGCUGCUCACCAGGACGCUACGGCUGCCUGACGACAAGUUUAGGCCCCAUGCUUCCUGCUACUACCCCCACCUGUGUGAAAUGAUGCAGUUCGACCUGAUCCCGGAGCUGCGGGCCGUGCUCAGGCGCUUCUUCCUGCGGAUCGGCUCCGUCUUCCACAUCGCGCCWCCUGACGCCCGGACUCCCGUCUCCUAGAAGGACAGGUGGAAGAUCCAACGUGGACACAGUUACUCCCCCCGUCUUGGACCGGGUCAGGGUACAGAGGGGGCUGUGCAGUCAGGAAGGAAGAUGUAGCUUCAGGACUCUGCAUUAUUCUCCCUCCUCUUUCUGUUUUUUGUUUUUUUCCUCUCUGGGAUGAACAGCACUGUGACUGGCACUUCCUGUUGUCUUUCAUCUUACAAUAACCAGGAAAAAAAACACUCUGAAGAAAUAAUUUAUUGUUGCAGAUUCAGUCCUUGAUUUUGAUGUUUUUUUAUUUUCAUUCUGUUUCUUUUUUAUGCUUAAAGACAACAUGCUAGACGCAAAUCAAAUUAAAUUUAAUGAAGUUUCUAUGGACAAAAAAGGCUUUUGGCUCACUGUGCCUGUAAGAAACUGAGGAUCUUAAAGUACGCUCCUUCAGUUUCCUAGAAUACCUGUUCAGGUAGCAGGUUACAGACUCAAACUUUAAUCUGCUGCAAACAGAAUCAGAGAUUUUAAGCAGCUUUAUCGGCAACAUCCGUCCUGAAGAGAUUUUACUUAUUUAUUUUUGCUUUAAUUUAUUAUUACUACUUCCCCAAUAAUUGCUGGUUUACAGUGAAACGUUGGGGGGGAAAUCUUUUCUCUUUUUUUUUGUUGCAUUCCCWCUUCCUAAGCUUCACACAGCCAGCUGCUGAUUCUAAAACUCCAGUCAUCUUAUUAAAAACAAAAACUCCACUAAUUCAUCAUUUGCACACCUGUUUCUGACAUUUUGCUUGUGUUAACCACAACGUAAGUAUAAUCUGUCAGUGUUGACUCACUUUAAAAUGAGUUUUACAAGAAAGUCCAGGAACAUGGAGAUCUCUGCGUCCUGGACCCUUUGAAGUGUGUCUCUUGCCUUUCUUUGUUUUUCUUUUUUUUUUAAAAAGGAUGUAAUU